AUGUGCACUGACCUUCUCCUGGCAUGUUUCAUUUGCCCAGCAAUUGUGAAUAUGGAACAGUAUGGGAUAAUUUCAAAUGCCCCAAUCAAUGAAGUAGCAAGGUUCAACCUGAUGCAGGUUGGCCAUCUCUUGCAGCAGAUGGCACUGACUGGAUUUGAGGAAGUAGAUGCACGCAAUAAAAGCAAUCUCAGUAAAUUUGAUAAAAGCUGCGUUGCUGCUUUUCUGGAUGUGGUAAUUGGUGGACGUGUGGUUGAAACCUCUCCUCUGUCUUCUGUAAAUCUGCUGGAAGUAUUAAGUCGCACAGUUGUCUAUUUGACCUACAGCCAGCUCUUCCGUCUAUUGUUAUUCUUGCAUAGUAUCAGCUCUAGUGACCAGUUACGGGAAGAGGAUCGGAUGGCUCUGGAAAACCUCUUGGCAACAGUGUCCCAAGCCAAACCAGGGAAGAGCAGUAAUCAUAAUAAUACCCCUUACAUCACUCCUCAGCUCUCCUCUGCAACCACACCAGCUUGUAAUAAAAAACGGCUACCUAUAGUUACUCGGAGCAGGAAAUAAAACCAGCCUUCUGGAUGCAGAUCAUGAAGGAUUCCAACAGUAAGUCGCCUCACAAGGACAACCCAAGGAGGUCCUGGUCAUCUCAUUAGGGACCGGUCCACAGCUGACUCCAGGCAUGAUGUUAGAAAAUGAGGUUCUAAAUAUGCAACUGGUUGAUGGAGGGAAGGCAGAUGUCCGCGUUGAUGACCCAAAGCUUCUUGGGAAGCCUGAUAAGACCCUAUGCAGUGAUAAUCUGGAAGGCAUUUCAGAAGCAGAAGAGGAAAAUCCGUGUUCAAUAGGUCCUUCAAACCGCUCCAGUUCUGUCUCAUCCCUGGAUCUGGAAGGCGAAUCUGUUUCUGAGCUGGACCUUCUGAGAGUAAUGGAGUGGAAUCACUACAGCUUCUUGCACAUGAGCAAGUUACCACUCAAGAUAACCUUGAUGACAAGCUACGCAAGUUCAAAAUCCGUGAUAUGUUGGGGCUGACGGAAGACAGAGACAUCUCUGAGAAUGUCAGUGAGACAUGGAGCAUGGAUGUUCUUGGCAGUGACUUUGAUCCAAACAUUGAUGAAGAUAGAUUGCAAGAGAUUGCAGGUGCAGCUGCAGAGAACAUGCUGGGUAGCCUGCGUUGCCUACCAGGAUCUGGUUCUUUAUUCCUUGACCCCUGCACAGGAUCCACCAUCUCAGAGACUACCAGUGAGGUGUGGAGUGUGGAAGUAUUUUCCAGUCACUCGGAAGCACCCGAUCUGAAGCAGGAAGAGCGGCUUCAAAAGCUGGAGAGCUGCUCUGGGUUGGGCAGCACAUCAGAUGGCAUGGAGGUGAGAGAGGUCAGCUCCAGACCACUCCAGGUCUCAGCAUAGUGUCAGGCAUUAGUGCAAAUUCAGAAGAUAUUCCGACUAAGAUAGAGGACAUACAAUCUGAGUGCAGCUCUGAUUUUGGAGGAAAGGACACGGUGACCAGCUCAGAGGGGGAAGACUCUGAUCAUGCUCUACACAUCAUGUUGCCUCCCACUCAGACAGAGUCCUUGUUGGCUAUGUUUGACCCUCUAGCUCCAGCCUCUAGUGAAGUGGUAUGUCCUAAAGUACACUAUGCCAGACUGUCUCAUCUACCUCCAGACCCCCCAAUCUUGGAAGGUGCAACAGGUGGAAAUGAGGCCCGAUUGCCCACAUUUGGCUCCCAUGUAUUUAUUCCCACUGAUUCUGAUGCGUACAGACAGAGACACUCUUGUCCAGAGAGACUGGUGCGCAGCCGAAGCUCUGAUAUUGCCUCAUCCUUGAGAAGACCUAUGAGUGAUCCUGUUUGGGUGCGCCGAGGAGGGACUGAAGAUCAAGAAUUUCCUACUGGUUCCAUGGCACUUGCUACAUCUGCACUGAUAAAUGCAUAAUAAUCCUCUUCCUCCUCUUCUAGCAAUGAUUCCUCAAGGGGAGAGCCAGAAGAAAGGAAGGACAGUGAUGAUGAGCGAUCAGACUGCAACAGACCAUGACAAAAUCAGUUUGUGUCUGCGAUGCCAAAACCUCCCAUUCCAUUUAGGAAGAAGGAAAAAGACAAAGAGAAGGAGGAUGUGGGCAUUGACAGGUUUUCAAUCUCAGAUAAUGGGUCAAGAAUUGGCCCCCAUUCUUAGACAGCAGAGGAUAUUCUGGACAAGUACAGGCAUGCCAUCAAGAGGACAAAACGAGGACAAGCCCCUCGUCGGCAAGAAUCUUCUUUCUCAUAUAGGGAUGCAAAAGAAGCUACAAACGGCUCUAUGCUCUGUGGAUUCUGUUGCAUUCCAAAUGGUUUCUCAUUCUACCCGGAAUGGUCUGCCAGACCACAACGACCCUGAAGAUAAUGAAAUUGUAUGCUUCCUGAAAGUCCAGCUGGCAGAGGCCAUAAAUCUGCAGGACAAAAACCUCAUGGCUCAGCUACAGGACACCAUGCGUUGUGUGAGUUGCUUUGACAACCGCACCUGUAGCAAGAUCCCGGCGUCCAUUGCAGAAGACUACAGGAAAAGAGCUUCCUACAUUGCGUAUAUCUAA